CUGAUGUCUUCAAGCAACAACUGCAACUUGCAAGAGAAGAAAAACAUUCUGAAAUCAAGUCUUAUAGAUGAUUCAUGAAUAAUACAUAAAUAUCUCCACGAAUUCUGAAAUCAAGUCCCACAGAUGAUUCAUGAAUAAUACAAAUAUCUCCAUGAAAUUUUAUCAAUUAGCUAGUUGCCUACCAAAUGAAACCAGGAAACACAGUAAAAUUAUGUUUCUGCAACUUUUCUUUUACUUUCUGCUGCUUUCAUGGCUAUUUCUUCUAACAGAGGCAGCAUCACUAGAGGGUCCAUUCUUCAAGGCAAAAACUGGUUGUGAUGCCAAAUGCGGUAAUGUUUCGAUUCCUUAUCCAUUCGGAAUUCGUCAAAAUGGGAUUAAUGUUGGGUGCUCUUUUAAUGGAGUUAGGUUUGAUUACAGCAUUACCUGCAAUACUUCUUUUAAUCCUCCUAAGCCUUUCCUAGAUGUUGGUGACGUUGAAGUCAUAGAUAUUUCAGAAACCGAAAUUCGAACAAAAAACACCCCAGCAACCUUAUGUCACAACGCAUCGGGUGGGGUAACCUUAAAGCUACCUUCUUCUAGUAUAUCCUUAGAUCGGACUCCAUUUACAAUAUCCUAUACAAAGAACAUGUACUUUACAGUCGGGUGUAAUGUGUUUUCUAUUAUCCAAGGUCCUGAUCUACAAAACUACACAGGAACAUGUACUUCAAGCUGUGAGACUAAAGAAAGUGUGAUAAGUGGAUCUUGCGUGGGCAAUAACGGCUGUUGCGAAAGUACUAUACCCAAAGGGCUUAAGAGGACUGAAAUAGCAAUGGAAAAGAACCGUCAGCAGUCAAAUGUCAGUUGGUCUUUUGAUCCUUGCAAUUUUGCUUUCAUAGGUCAGUAUACAUUCCAAUCAUCGGAUAUUUUGGAUGGUUAUAAUUUCGUUAGCAAAGGGAAAGAUGUCCCGGUGGUUUUUGACUGGGCAAUAGGGAAUAAGACUUGUGAAGAUGCACAAAAGGAUUUAUCCAGCUUUGCAUGCCAAGCGAACAGUCAUUGUGUCAAUUCCGAUAACAAUCCUGGAUAUCUUUGCAUUUGCAAUGAAGGUUAUGGCGGAAAUCCUUACCUCAGUCCUGGAUGCCAAGAUGUGAACGAGUGCGCUGAUCAAAACAGCAAUCUCUGUGUAGCGAAUUGUACAAACACCAUUGGGAGUUACAUUUGUUCUUGUCCAAAGGGUAGUCGUGGCGAUGGAAGAAAAGGUGGGAGUGGUUGCGUAAAUCAAGACAGUCAAAAUUCACCGGUGUUACAGAUAUCUCUCGGAAUUGGUUUAGGCUUCUUGUUUCUAAUUCUCUCAGGUUCCUGGUUAUAUUUGAGUAUGAAGAAAAGAACCUCAAUCAAACUCAAAAAGAAAUGCUUUCAAAAGAAUGGUGGUUUGCUGUUAAAACAACAAAUAUCAUCACAUGAAAACGGUGGCUUUGAAUCAUCAGCAAAAAUCUUUACAGCCGAAGAGCUAAAAUCGGCAACCAGAAAUUAUGAUGCAAAUUUAGUGCUAGGCCGUGGAGGCCAUGGUAUAGUUUAUAAGGGAACUUUAUCGGACAACCGAGUCGUGGCAAUUAAGAAACCAAUUAUAGUCAAAGAGAGUCAAAUUGAAGAAUUCAUUAAUGAGCUUGUUAUCUUAACUCAAGUUAACCAUAGAAACGUUGUGAAGAUCUUGGGAUGUUGCUUGGAGACCGAAGUUCCCUUGAUUGUUUAUGAAUAUGUUUUUAAUGGCACUCUCUCCGAUCAUAUCCAUUCUAAGAAUGGGGUAUCUUCGUCAUCACUUUCUUGGGAAAGUCGGUUAAGGAUUGCUGCCGAAACUGCUGGUGCACUUUCUUAUUUACACUCUGCUGCAACUGUACCCAUCAUCCACAGAGAUAUCAAAUCUGCCAAUGUUCUAUUAGAUGAGAACUACAAUGCGAAAGUUGCAGAUUUCGGAGCAUCGAGGUUGAAUCCUUUGGAUUUAGCUGAAAUAGACACAGUUGUCCAAGGGACCUUAGGUUAUCUUGAUCCAGAAUACUAUCAGUCUGGCCAGUUGACAGGUAAAAGCGAUGUUUAUAGUUUUGGUGUUGUUCUGGUGGAACUUUUAACCGGAGAAAGGCCCAUAUCUUUGGCAAGGACAAAAAGAAAACAAAAUUUUGCUUUGUAUUUUCAUUCCUUGGUUACGGAGAAUGAUGUGCUCGAAGUUCUCGAGGCUCGAGUGGCUAUUGAAGGGAAACGAGAACAAGUUCUUGCAGUUGCUAUGCUUGCAAAGAGAUGCCUUAACCUGAGAGGUGGAGAUAGGCCGACAAUGAAACAAGUCUCUGUGGAACUUGAGAGUUUGUCAAAAUUUGUAUCACUAAAUCACACAUCUAUGCACUUCCCUGAAGAACACACUAACAUAAAACCGGAGCCGGUAGACUUGUAUCCUCCUAUCCAGUUCGACUCCUAUGUUGAUGGCGAUUCUAGCUUGUAUAGUAAUAUAUGACAAUGUCCAUUGGCAAUACUCAAUACAUGUGUAGACUUUUCUUCUUGUUCUUAAUGAAAGUUUUGUC